CAAGGUGUGUUUGGAGUGUAUAUGUGCUCAUGAGGAGUGAAAUAUACACUACCGUGUCCUCGGAGCUUUCAUUCACUGUCAGAAUUUCCUACUGAACGGGAUCCAGAUCACAGCCAAAAAUGAAGUUGAGAAAUAUCACUUCAGCCAGUUCCUUCCUGCUUUUGCUCUUGGUUGUAGUGCAGAUGGAAGUUAGUGGUGCCGACGAGUAUCACAGGGUUCCACUUCACACGGCCAGAUCGAAAAAUCAACAAAAUCGCGCUGAGAAAGAAGACGCUGCGUAUUGGAAGGGCACAGCCCAGGCUCUGCUUCAAGAAGAAUUGAACAAGAAACCCAUCGAUGCGCAAGCCAAGAAUAUUAUUUUCUUCUUAGGAGAUGGUAUGUCUAUUGCGACCGUCACGGCCGCCCGGAUUUAUAAAGGGCAGAAAGCCGGGAAGACGGGCGAAGAGGAACAACUCACUUUUGACCGAUUUCCUUACACAGCUCUUUCAAGGACGUACUGCACGGACGCACAAGUAGCUGAUUCGGCUUGCUCGGCCACGGCAUACUUAUGCGGUGUCAAGACGGACAUUGACACCAUAGGACUGGACUCGAAUGUCAUUUACAAGAAUUGCUCAACGCAAAAUGAUCAGGCUAAUCAAGUCAGCUCAAUCAUGGCCUGGGCCCAGGCCGCUAAUAAAGGAACGGGCAUCGUGACGACGACAAAAGUCACUCACGCCACUCCAUCCGGGACGUACGCUCACGUCGCUAAUCGAGACUGGGAAGAUGACAAAGCCCAGUCUGCUGACGGUGUGGAUACAACUACUUGUGAUGAUAUCGCCGAACAGCUUGUCCGAAAUAACCCCGGCAAAAAUUUUAAAGUGAUUAUGGGUGGUGGUCGCGCUUACUUCACACCGGAAGCAGUCUUAGAUCCAGAGACGGGAGCAGCUGGCCGUCGCCUUGAUGGGGUAAAUCUAAUCGACGAAUGGAAAACGGCACACCCCAACGGAGCGUAUGUAACUAACAUUGACGAAUUGAACAAUGUAGCUGUGGCCACAACUGAUAGCCUUCUGGGUUUGUUCAGUCCGGCUCACAUGGACUACUUCCUGGAAUCGAGCACGGCCAAAAACCCUACACUGGAAGAGAUGACUCGAACAGCUAUUCAAAUGUUGAAGAAAGAGGCCAACGGCUACGUCCUUCUUGUUGAAGGCGGAAGGAUCGAUCAAGCUCAUCACGACGGACGCGCUAAAUUAGCCCUUGAGGAGACCAUUCAGUUCGACCUGGCUGUCGCCGCUGCCUUGAAUAUGACGAGCAGACAGGACACUUUGAUUAUCGUGACGGCCGAUCACUCACAUACAAUGACCAUUAACGGCUAUCCUGAACGUGGCAACAAUCUGUUGGGUUUGUCUGGAGAUAUGGGCGAUGAUGAAAAGCCGUACACCACUCUUUCUUAUGCUAACGGCCCAGGUUACCCUACGACAUUUGAUGAGAAUGGCACACGUAUCGAUUUAACCAACGUUGACACAACUGCUGAUGAAUAUCUACAACCGUCAGCUGUGCCGAUUUAUUCGGAGACCCACGGUGGUGACGAUGUGGCCAUUUUUGCGAUCGGUCCCCAGGCCCACCUUUUCCAGGGUGUCUACGAGCAACAUUACAUCGCCCAUGUGAUGGCCUACGCGGCUUGCGUUGGAGACGGUCUCAAAUAUUGCGAUGCCAAAGAAUCCUCCUCCUCCAGUCGCCCAAUCGUUGUACCUUACGUGUUGAUUGCCGAAUUCAUUAUGGUUUGGUUCGCAGGUCAAUUCUUGUUCCGUUCUUAAUAUAAUUUAAUAUGUUAGGCAAAUAGUUGUUCGUCACAGUUUGCCUUCCCAAGUUUUGAAGCGCACCUGAAAUUUGUAAUUUGUUUAAGAAUUUAGUUUCAAAUCUAACAAACCAAAAUUUAAA